AUGACGAGAUUGGUGAUCUUCAUCUUGUUAUGGUACGCAUUCAACGUGCAAUACAACGUGGUCAACAGGCUUCUGCUGCAGGAAGUCCGCGCGCCGAUUGGCAUAGCUUGGUUUCAGCUGGUCACUUUUUCUGGGCUGGCAUGCGUCGCAUGGCAAACGUCUGUGCUGCCCAAGCCAACAGCACUCCUGCAGAAGUUGACAGCAUUCGUGCCACUUGGUAUUGCUUAUGCUUGUGGCCAAACAGCCACUGUGUUGUCCCUGGCUUACGGCAAUGUGUCCCUGACCCACAUGGUGAAAUCACUGGAACCUGUCGCGAAUGCUUUGCUGUCUGUGAUCGUCUUGGGAGAGUGCCUACAUCCUUUCAGGUACGCAGCCCUGGCUGCAAUAGUGACGGGUGUGGCCAUGUGCUCUGCAGGGCACGUGGCAGUCCAGAGCACAACGGUGACAUGUGCAGCCAUUUCAAACGUCUGCUUUGCGCUCAGAAAUGUUCUGGCCAAGAAGAUGGGGGAUGAUGGUCGCGUUGAGCACGAAAGCCCGGCUGUUGUGAAGACCAACCAGCUAGCCAUCUUGACCAUGGUGUCUGCGUUGGUUUCAGCGCCUGUGGCCCUAGCGGAACAACUGUUGGACAAAGAAGAUGCGUUGAACGUGUUACGUGGCAGCUCGGGUCAUCUUUGGACCCUCCUGAAGGCAAGCGUCUUAUUUGUAGCAUAUCAGGUCUCCUCCUUUUGUGUUCUGUCUUGCGUGCAGCCAAUCACCCACAGUGUGCUCAAUGCAUUCAAGAGAGUUGUUGUGAUUGCCACUGCGUGCAUUUAUUUGUUGGAGCCGAUCUCUUCCACGCAAAAGAUCGGGGUGGCUGUUGCCACCUUGGGAGCGUUGGCGUUUGUCUGCCCGAAAGAAGGCAUCCACGUGCCGUUUAGGAGCUGCAUUGCUGGGCUGCUCGGACUUAGUGUCGCAUUCACCUGCGCAGGUAUGCUUUCAGCAAGGGGUGCUCCCGUCAGCAUUGUCGUUGAAGAGGUUGACAAGCAGAUCACCAUUCUAUUUGGCGCAAUCGGUCGGCACAACUUUGGUGAUUUGCUCAUGGCACACGUAGCGGCCGAGCUGCUGCGCCAGCGGUGCGCUCUGGAAGAGGCAGACCUAGUUUUCGCUGAUCUUCUGGCAAGGGACUUGAGGAGAUGGGGAGGCCACAACGUGCAGAGUGUUAUGUCUUAUGCCGAGCCACAUUUCAGGAGUGCAACUGUCAAUCUUGUGGCUCUUGGUGGAGAGACCGCAUCCUGCUCAGUCGCGGGUGCGCUUGCAAUGCUUGUCAACGGGAACGGUCGCGAGCAGAUGAAGUUGGAUGAGCUCACCAUGGAAUCGCCGCACUGGAUCAAGUUUAAGGCAGAAGCAUCGCUUGCGUACAUCCUGCCGAAGAGCUUGUUCAGCAAGCCUGGAAAGUUCAUUACAAACACAAUCGGAGGCAUACCCACUGGCGACACUGAUCCUAUCCUGCAGGAAUAUGAUUUCUGCAGCACCCGGAACCCCAUCGGCAACAUGACGUGGAAGUACCUGGCCCCUGACAGCGUUGUGAUUCUUCGCAGCUUGUUUGAGAGCCGCAUUUCGUCGAGUGCUCCAGUCACUUCCAGGCCGUACGUUGCUGUACAACUGAAACAGAUCGGCUUGCCGACAGACUUCGCCAGCGAGCUUGCCCUCUUGGCAGGGGAGCUGUCGGCUGACAUCAUUUUCUUUCGUGCGGGUGCCGCCUUCGGACAUGACAGCCUAAAGCAACUGCAAAGUCUAGCACGGCAGGUGAGCGCCGCAAAUGCUAGCCUGAACGUUAAAGUCUUCAGGGGGCUGAACAUUUGGAAGAUUUGCGGGAUCAUCUCCAAGGCCAUGGUCGUGGUUGCAACCAGUCUUCACUGCCGGAUCGUUAGCUUCGCAUUUUCGGUGCCGAGGAUUUCGUGGCGAGGAAGCCCCAAAGUGGAUCUCUUCAUCGAUCUGUGGGACAAAGAUGUACAGGAAGUCAGCUACACAAACGGGAGCGAUGUGCGGAGUGUAGUCGCACUUGCCCUGUCCGGGUCGAUCGUAGCCCGCUUCAAGAACCAGACGGCUGCAAGCAAGAUUGCGGAAACGUACAGAUCGUCUUUUCUGGGCUGGGCACGCUUGCUUGGUCCAGUUUGCAACUAG